GAUUCUUAAAAAAAAAAAAGAGAUGAGAUGAGAUAAAAUAGCGGAUAACAGAAUCUCUCUUGGAAGCUGCAAUCAUGGAGGUGAUCUCUGGCGUUGCUUCCCGCCAUUUCCCGGCUUCAACCUCACUCCAAAUCCCGCAAUUGCCACUCCGCAGCUCCCUAUUCUCUAGGAGCUACUGUGCGCCGCAAUCGCUCUCAUUCUCCGCCGGCAACUCCUUCGCGAGAGAGGUGUGGGGUGUCAUAAACUCUAGGAGCAGCGCUGUUCAGAGAAAGGAAAUGCGAGGCGUUGUGAGAGCGGAGAUGUUUGGGCAGCUCACCAGCGGCCUAGAAUCCGCUUGGAACAAGCUCAAGGGAGAAGAAGUCUUGACCAAGGAAAACAUUGUGGAACCUAUGAGAGACAUUAGAAGAGCUCUUCUGGAGGCAGAUGUCAGCCUUCCCGUUGUUAGAAGAUUUGUGCAGGCGGUUAGCGACCGAGCUGUUGGUACUGGAUUAAUCCGAGGAGUAAAACCAGAUCAACAAUUAGUGAAGAUAGUUAGUGAUGAGCUAGUAAAACUAAUGGGUGGAGAAGUUUCUGAGCUGGUCUUUUCAAAAACCAAGCCAACUGUCAUAUUGUUGGCUGGGUUGCAAGGAGUUGGAAAGACAACUAUCAGUGCAAAACUAGCUUUAUAUCUGAAAAAGCUGGGGAAGAGUUGCAUGCUAAUUGCUGGGGAUGUAUAUAGACCUGCUGCUAUCGACCAGCUGGUUAUUCUGGGCGAACAGGUCGGAGUUCCAGUUUAUGCAGCUGGAACAGAUAUUAAACCUGCCGAAAUAGCAAGACAAGGAUUGGCAGAAGCUAGGAAGAAGAAUGUAGAUGUAGUUAUAAUGGAUACUGCUGGAAGACUUCAGAUAGAUAAAGCUAUGAUGGAUGAACUGAAAGAUGUUAAAAAAGUACUAGAUCCCACCGAGGUUUUGCUUGUUGUGGAUGCAAUGACUGGGCAAGAAGCUGCUGCAUUGGUCACAACAUUCAAUGUUGAAAUUGGAAUUACUGGUGCCAUUUUGUCAAAGCUAGAUGGGGAUUCUAGAGGGGGCGCAGCCUUGAGUGUAAAAGAGGUAUCAGGGAAGCCAAUUAAGCUAGUAGGAAGGGGGGAGCGUAUGGACGACCUUGAACCUUUCUAUCCAGAUCGCAUGGCAGGACGUAUCUUAGGAAUGGGUGAUGUUUUAUCUUUUGUGGAGAAAGCCCAAGAAGUUAUGCGACAAGAAGAGGCGGAAGACUUGCAGAAGAAGAUAAUGAGUGCAAAAUUUGAUUUCAAUGACUUCCUGAAGCAAACUCGUACAGUUGCACGGAUGGGCUCAAUGUCUCGUGUAAUUGGAAUGAUUCCGGGCAUGGGAAAGGUUACUCCCGCACAAAUUCGAGAUGCAGAAAAGAAUUUGCAAUUAAUGGAGUCUAUGAUAGAAGCAAUGACCCCAGAGGAGAGGGAAAAACCAGAACUAUUGGCAGAAUCGUCUGAAAGGAGGAAACGAGUCGCUCACGAAUCUGGAAAAACAGAGCAGCAGGUGAGUGAACUUGUUGCUCAAAUUUUCCAAAUGCGUGUACGAAUGAAGAACUUGAUGAAUAUUAUGGAAGGUGGGUCGCUUCCUUCAAUGAGCAACCUUGAGCAGGCCAUGAGGGCAGAACAGAAGCCUCCCCCUGGCACAGCAAGAAGAAAGAAAAGAGUUUCAGACUCAGCUGCAAGAGCUAGUGCUCGUGGCUUUGGGGCUAAGAAUUAAUAUGCAGCUCUUUGUUUCAAAUUCAACAAUUCACGAACAAAGUCUGCUCUUCAAGACUUUCCUGCUAUGAUUGACAAGAAAAUGGCUGUCAAUUGCUGUUACUGGAGGAAACAUAAUUCAACAACAUAAGCAGAAUAUCUCUAGUAGGCGGGAUGCUCGUGUCUAACAAUGUGUUGCUGUCUCUCAGCUACGUGAACAGCAUUUCUAUCACUGAAAGAACAUGCCAUGCUUUGCUUAGACUCUUCCUCUUGUAGCAUAUCUCAUUUUGUCUCUUUUCACUGUCAAUUAUAUUGUAGUAGUAAUUUGUGACUGAUGCAUGCAUAUUUCUCUCCAAUUUGUAAGUGUGUUGUAUAAGAUGAGUAAAUUUCGUUGUUUUGCCUUAA